AAGCGUUUAUGCCUCUGCUCGAUGGACAGCAAUCUCUCCCGCACCUCGUUCAUUUUGCCUCCACCUGCAUUUAAAACUGUUCAUAAGAAUUGUCAGAUUUUAAAAAUGACAGCUCGGUAGAUGUUGAUCGUAACAAAGCAACUUCUGCUGAAGGACAGACUGAUGUACAGCCCUAUUGCAUGUAAUUCUCUUUGGUGUUAACUUAAUAAUAAUAACUGCUAACGAUGGAUGCAACAGUCAAACAUUUAAGGAUUCCUCCUGAAAUGUCUGUCUAUGCAGAGAAGCAUGAAAUAUUUGACCUUUUUCAGACACUUGUGAGAAAUCUCAUAAUAGACAAGCCUGCCGAUCCUAUUCAGUACCUGAUUGGAAUGCUAAAAAGAGAAAGCAUAGAAGUGCCAAGGAUUAUGCUAUUGGGACCACCAGCUUCGGGGAAAAGAACCAUCGCUAAAAAGUUGUGUGAGUGCAUUGGAGCAAUCCAAGUAACUGCUAGUGAUAUCCUUAAAGAUGACACUGACCUGACCAGAGCUGCACAGGAAUACACAAAGAAGAAUAAGGAGAUCCCACGAGAGCUUUGGAUCAAGCUGAUUCUGGAGCGUCUGUCAAAGGUUGACUGUGUGAGACGGGGCUGGGUACUAGAGGCCAUCCCCAAAACCCGAGAAGAGGCUCUGUGUCUUCAGGAGGCUGGCAUUGCCCCAGAGCACGUUGUGAUACUGCAGGCACCUGAUGCGGUCCUGAUUGAAAGGAGUCUGGGCAAGAGGAUAGACCCUGUCACAGGAGAUGUGUAUCAUGUUACAUUCAUGUGGCCUGAGAGUGCAGAGGUGGCUCAGCGCCUUGAGAGGCCACAGGGCCUGAACUCGGAGGAUGUAAUAUCUCGCCAGCUGCAGGCAUACCACAGUGAAGCCCAUGCUCUACAUCGCACCUACCAGAGCUGCCUGAAAAUCAUUGAUGCUGAUCAACCCCAUGUUGAUGUGUUUGCUCAAGUGUUGACCUACGUUAUGUCCAGGCACCGCUCUGCCGCACCUCACACUCCCAGAAUCAUCCUGCUUGGACCACCAGGAUCUGGGAAAAGCCUGCAGGCCAGGCUUAUCGCCAAGAAAUACGACAUUGUCAGCAUUUGUUGUGGCGAGCUUCUGAAGGCAGUGGCAGCGGAUGAGAGCAGUAUGGGAGAGCUCAUUAAACCCUUCCUGGAGUCAGGACGGCGAGUUCCAGACUCCAUGGUGCUGCAGAUCCUGACCGAGCGAUUGAGCAGACUGGACUGUGUCACGCGAGGCUGGGUCCUCCAUGGCUUCCCGCAAGAUUUGGAGCAGGCAGAGGCGCUGCAGGAGUCCAAAUUCAGCCCCAGCAGAGUCUUCUUUUUGGAGAUGACUGAUGAUGUUGCUGUUGAGCGGCUGACUCUCAGGGCCAUUGAUCCAGUGACUGGAGAAAGGUAUCACUCCCUGUACAAACCCGCCCCCAGUCCAGAAGUGCAUGCACGGUUGAGGUAUAAUCCCUGUGACUCAGAGGCUGAGGUUCAGAGGAGGCUGAAGGAGUACUGCAUCCAUGCAUCUGCCCUACAGGCCUUCUACCCACAGGCUGUACGAGUCAACGCUGACCAGGAUGCACACACUGUGUUUGAGUGCCUGGAGAGCAGGCUGGUUAAUCGACUUCCUAAAGUACUCCCUGACAGGGCCUAGGAGUGGGAUAUUUUAGUACAUGUUUAUAAUGUGUACAAACACAUCAGAUUCAGAUGAAAUAGGCUUAAAGGAAUACUCUAGCAUUUUUCAGCCUAAUCGUCAUCUGUUAAAUCUGUGAGGUCAAUUGCCAAAGACUAUAAUUUAGAUAUGUUUUCCUGUGCUUGGAAAAGAACAGAAAACUUGUGAGUCAGAAAAAGUGAGUCAAAACACACUUAUAGUAGCAAUUGCUUCAGCCAAAGUUGUUCAAAAGUUGAUUCAUGCAAGUCAGAGUCUUUGGCAUGCGAGUCCAAGUCCUGUCUUGAGCCUCUGGGGUGCGGAUACAAGUCUCAACUCUGGGAUUUGAGUUCAGGUCUUGUUUCAAGCCUCUGGGAUGUGAGUCUGAGUCUGUCUCAGGUCUCGGGUGCAAGUCAGAGUCCUGCCUCAAGUAUCUAGGGUGUGCGUUGGAGUCCUAUCUCAAGUAUGCAGGGUGCAAGUCUGAGUCGCGUCUUGAGUCUCUGGGGUUCAAGUCCAAGUUGAGGGUGUAAGAUUGAGUUGAGUCUUAGGUUUGUGGGGUAUGUGUCCAAGUUAAGUUUCAAAUCCUUGGGGUGCAAAUCCAAGUUUAAUAUAGAGACUCUAGCGUGCAAGUGUGAGUCCUGUCUUGAGUCUCUGGGGUACGAGUGUAAAGCAAGUCUUCAUUCUUUAGUAUACAAGUUUGGAUUUACUCUCAGUUUUAGUAGCAGACAUUACAUAGCACAAAAUUAGACUCCUAAUAAAAUUCUCUCAGAGUUGACAUGGCUUCAGAUAACAAGCUUUUCAUUAUUUAAACAAAACGUCUGACGGACAGAACCGAACUGUUACACACAGUGAAAGUGUUUAAAGGACAGAGACAAAAAAAAACUUGAAACAGUUUCCAUAUAGCAUAUUUCAUUACCAUAUAGCUAUAUUUCAUAUAGCACAUAAGGUAGCUAGCUAGCUAGCUAGCAGCUAAUCCAUCUGAAACUUUAGUAAAUUUUAGACCACAGGAAUGUGGUCUUUAGGAAGAUUAGUUGUCAACUUCAGCUAUAAUAGCUAGUGUGCUAUGAGGUUUUAUUUGUUUGCUGCUUUAAGGUUGGUGAUCUUUAUUUAAAGGGCCAACAUUUUUCUUUUUUCCCCCCUGAGGUCCACUUAUAUCAAUUGUGUUGUUUUAUGUAUGAAAAAUGGUCAUAAUUCAAUAUCACAUGACCAAUUUCCAGUCUUUCUUGAUCCCUUGAACAGGCUGUUUGUCUUACUGUACCUUUAAGACUGAUAUAAUAUAAACAAACUGUGUUCUGAUUGGCUGUCCUAUAUUGCCUCUCAUUCAAAAAGCACUCAGAGCUGAAACACUACCUAGAACUUUAAUUAGAAUGGGCGGGGUCAAAUGCUGUUGGCUGAAUAGUUGAAUAUAUGCAAAUGUGUUGGUUCUCCUGACAUCAUAGAAACAGUGAGUUAAAAACAGGCUGUUUUUGCAGUUUGGUUUGUAUAUAUGGGCUGUUUCAACUGGGUAGUUAUAGCAUGUUUUGAAACUUUGACAAUGUUCAUAUAUUACUUCAAACUUCUUUAUUUCAAAAAGCAUAAUAUAUUUCAAAAAAUCUUUGUGUAUCUCUUCUAAUGCUGAAAUUUCACAAGUCAUAAAUCUUGAGUCAUUCAAGGAUGAAUCUCAGUCGAAUCGCAAGUCACUCAACAUGUGACUCAAGUACUUCUGGCUUCAGCCAAUGAGUUUUCUGUCCUUUUACUAAGUACAGGGAAAUGUAUCAAUGUUAUUGUCAGCAUUACUCAACCGCAAGAAGAGAUUAGGUUGAAAAAUUAUGGAAUAAAACUGAAAGCUAUAGUGCUACAUACUGUAGCACAGUGGUCAACAGGUAAUUAGAUAAUUCACAUUUUACAAGUACUCUUGAAAAAUAGCAAAACUGAUUCUGUUAAUAAAAGUUUACACAAGUUCCAACUUGGUAUUUCAGAUUUGUUUUUCAUCUGUCCUGCUUUCAAAGAGAUUUAUAUUUACAUGCAGCACACACACUUUUAUAAAUAGAGAUACAGUGCAUCAUGUAUGUAACUCUUGACCCAGGACCUCUAAGGGGCAAUUACAUGCCUUUGCCCUAAGUUAUACCAUAUAUCAAGCAAAAGUGAAUUAAACAUACGGCUCCUCUGUAGUUCCUCUGGUCGGUAAUCACCCCUGGCUUGUUGACCCCAGCUGAUCACAGGGGAGUACAGCGAACCAGCUAAUUAUACACGUGUUUAAUUAAUGUCGCAAUAAAAUGCAGCCUGUCUGGGCCCUUUGUCAGUGGUAGUAUUAGUCGCGCUCCAGUAGCCUCAUGCUAAGGAGCAAGAGCUGCUCUGAUUAUUAAGCCCUCUCUCCCCUGUCUCUCUCUCUCUCUCUUUCUCUCUUGUUCUCUCUCCCGUUCUCUCUCCAUUUGCAGAGGUCACUGGAUUGGCUCCCAAAGGGAAGGAAAGGAGUUAAGUGCACUGGUUAGAGAGACAUGUUUAACAGCCUGGUUUUCAAACUCCCCUCAGAUUGUGUGCCAUGACAGGCAGACACUGACUUAAUUAUAGCUGAUGAGGUUCAGAAUAUGCAUCUCCUCUUCAUACAUAAACACAAGGAUAAGGGAGUAUAUUCAUCGGGUGAGUUAGUGGCAGAAGUGUGAUGUGUUUUUUUAAUUAGGCACAUGUUAUUAUCUCAGCUCCGUCUCAGCACACAGCCUGUUUACUCUCUAAAGAAAGACCAAAUUUGUUAGCACAUAUGUGAAUCUUCCCGAAUGAGACGAACAUUCUGGGAUAGGGAGAACAGUGUGGAGAUUCUGAUGAAUUGAGCUGAACUACAUGAAGCCAAAAGCUGUGGUACAGAUUUUUAGCACAGAUGCCUGCAGUAGUUAGAUGAUUCCAAGUACAGCUUCAUUUUAAUGUGUUAUCCGGGUUUAUUCCUUCAUAUUGUGUAAUAAAAUAUGAAAAAGGCUUGAUGGUCUCUUUUAUUAAGCAGUGGCAUUUCUUUUACUGUUUGUGCAAAAUGAUGUGAGCUUGUUCAAAUAUGACUCCUAAAAGUGAUAUAAAGUGGUUUAUAACCUGAGAUUAAACAUGAUAUGGCCUCGGAUUCUAAAUACAGUUGCAUACAAAAGUUUUGACUCCCCUGGUCAAAUGACAUGUUUUGUUGAUUUUCUAGGUGAAAAUAAGUUAACACGUCCUCUACAGAGAACGCAGGUCUGCAUGUUUUAAUGCACAAUUACUGUUUCAUUUGCUGAAUUGAACAU